AUGAUAUUUUCCAUUUUAGAGCAUAUAUUAACUCAUAUAUCCUUUUCGGUUGUUUCAAUUAUAAUUUCAAUUCGUUUGAUAAUCUUAUUAGUUAAUGAAAGCGUAGGACUAUAUGAUUCAUCAGAAAAAGGCAUAAAAACUACUUUUGUCUGUAUAACAGGAUUAUUAGUUACUCGUUGGAUUUAUUCAAGGCAUUUACCUUUAAGUGAUUUAUACGAAUCAUUCAUUUUUCUUUCAUGGAGUUUGUCCAUUAUUCAUAUGGUUCCGUAUUUAAAAAAAAAUAUAAACCCUUUAAGCGCAAUAACCGCGCCAAGUGUUAUUUUUACCCAAGGCUUUGCUACUUCUGGUUUUUUAACCGAAAUGCAUCAAUCCGUACUAUUAGUACCCGCUCUCCAAUCUCAUUGGUUAAUGAUGCAUGUAAGUAUGAUGGUAUUUGGCUAUGCAUCUCUUUUAUGUGGAUCAUUAUUAUCAGUAGCUCUUAUAGUCAUUACAUCUCGCAAAGUCAUAAGUCUUUUUGAGAAAAGCAAUAAUGAGUCGUUUUAUUUUGAUGAGAUCCAAUACAUGAACGAAAGAAACAAUGUUUUAUGGAACACUUCCUUAAUUUCUUCUAGGAAUUAUUAUAGGUCUCAAUUGAUUCAACAAUUGGAUCAUUGGAGUUAUCGUAUUAUUGGUAUAGGUUUUAUCUUUUUAACCAUAGGUAUUCUUUCGGGAGCAGUAUGGGCAAAUGAGGCAUGGGGCUCAUAUUGGAAUUGGGAUCCGAAAGAAACUUGGGCAUUUAUUACUUGGACCGUAUUCGCGAUUUAUUUACAUAUUCGAACAAAUAAAAAUUUUGAGGUUGUAAAUUCUGCAAUUGUAGCCUCUAUGGGAUUUCUUAUAAUUUGGAUAUGCUAUUUUGGGGUCAAUCUAUUAGGAAUAGGGUUACAUAGUUAUGGUUCAUUUACCCUAACAUCUAACUGA